AUGGACGCAGAAACUCAGAAUCGUGUAUCGCUCACACUCUUAUCGCAACACGGGAAAACCGAAGGAUUCACCGGAUUCACCGACAAGAUAGCCGAAAAGGCGACGUAUGAGAAUGUCGAAUUACGCCAAGACGCGGUGCGCCCCGCCGGCGAUCAAGAGCUUCGCCGGUUAAAAACGUGGGGAUAG